AUGGCCUUCUUUGGAACAGUGGUCCACCUGAAAAAAGUGUGGCCCUACGUGCCGCCCCCAGAGGGCUCCCGCGUCCUAAACCUCAGGCAGGUGGCCCUGGGCCCCGCCGACGCGCAAGCUCCAGGCAGGCGCUCCUCCCUGAUGGCCAAGGUCGGAGACGGCGACCCCAUCUGCCUCGGCACCCUGGUCAGCGGCCGGACGGACUUCAUGUCCCUGGACUUGAUGCUGGACAGGUAUGCAGAACUGUCCAUAGUGGGCGACUGCCCACUGCAUGUGUCAGGCUACUUCCUGCCCGAAAACGACGAGGACGAUGAAGACGAAGAUGAAAUGGCGGGCAUGUUUGGUCCUGAGGAGGGUGAGGAGGAUAGUGAAGAGGAAGAGGGCGGGGAAGGGGACAAGGAAGGGGAGGAGAGAUAUCCUGAUUGGAAGCGUGCACUUAUGGCAUCAAUUCCGGACGAAGAUGACGAAGAUGAAGAUCCUGACUUCGAAACAGAGGAUGAGGAAGACCCUGAGGAUACGAUGUUGACAGUCGAGGAUGAUGGUUUUGUGGUGCCGGAGGGCCAGGAUGGUGCAGGAGCUGGCAUGAACGGCACAGCUGAUGGGAACAGGGGGGAACAACACGUCUUGAAAUCUGGUAAGAAAGACGUGAAGAAGGGCAGCAAACGCCCUGCGCCAGGUGCACCAGCAGCCCCAGAGCCUAAGAAGCGAACCCACAAUCCCGAUGAUGGUGGCCAAGAGAAUAGAAUAACUGACAAGGACAAGAAGUUGAGGUUGGAGAAGAAGGCUGGGCAGACGCAGAAGGCUGGAGAGAAAGAAACCAAGGCCAACAAGAAGGGGCAAGUGGUGGAGUACCCGAACAGACUGAAGAUUGAAAAACUCGUGCUUGGCACUGGCCAAAAGGUUGCGAAAGCAGGGAAGAAGGUUGUGGUGAAGUACACGGGAAGGCUGGAAUCUGGAAAGGUGUUUGAUAAAACCAAGGGGAAUUCAACGUUUACAUUCCGUUUGGGCUGUGGAGAAGUCAUAUCCGGCUGGGACAAAGGUGUCAUGCACAUGCGAGUGGGAGACAAGAGGAGAUUGACUGUGCCACCAAGCAUGGGGUAUGGUGCCCAAGGUGUUCAUGGAGUAAUUCCUCCAAAUGCAGUCUUGACCUUCGAUGUGGAGCUUGUCAAUGUUCAUUGA